AUGUUACAGAAUUGUUUAGCUCUUAUAUUCUGUGGUACAGCAGUUUUUCUGAUUGUUGCCGUGCAGUCAGAGCUCUGUAAAAAGACAAGACCGGAGACAUACUUGACGACAGAUAAGAUUUCUUACAGCUAUGUGACUUACGAAAAUGGGAUUAUACGUUCGCACAUAAAGAUAAAGACGAUAACUAAAAUGGCUUAUAGAGCACGCGAAAUAUUAGACCCUUGUGACAGUACCUGGAAGGCCGAUUUUCUCUUGCGUAUACGUAUACGUAAACGUGCCUGCAACAAGCAAUGUAUCAAUGGACAAUGUGAUUUGUCUGGCAACUGUGUAUGCUAUUCUGGCUAUGCAGAACAAAACGGCACUUGUGUGCCCGUAUGUGACCGUUGCUCAUACGGCACUUGUAUCGCACCGGGUACUUGCCGAUGUGACUUAGGAUAUGAAGUAAAUGCGAAAGGUGAAUGUACACCCAAAAGUAAUACAAGUGAUUGUUUCCCUGGCUACACAGCGGUCAAUAAUACUUGUGAACCUUACUGCUCCAAUGGAUGUCCAGAUGGGUUUUGUGCUGCUCCGGAGACAUGUUUUUGUCUGGACGGCUUUCGUGAAGACAAAGAUGAAAAUGGAACGAAUGUAUGCUCACCUAUAUGUUCCACUCUAUGUGGCCCAGGACUUUGUGUAGCUCCAGAGGUCUGUAAAUGCUUCGAAGGUUACAAAGCCGAUUAUGUGGACAACUUUAGUGUACAAUGUAUGCCAGUGUGUAAGGAUUGUGAGGGCAUCUGUAUUGCUCCGUACAAAUGCGUAGCAAAGGAGCCUCCUAACUUUAGUGAGCCAAAUAACAAAACAUCAGCAGGUACAACAAGAACUACAACAGAGUCUACUUCUACUACACAUUUAUCCUCUAUCGCUUCUGUGUACCCAAUACUUGAGAGAAACAAAACAAUAGAACCAUUUGCUGAAAAUUAUAAUAAAUCUAAAACUAUACACGAAGAAUUCUUAAGAAAGUCGCAAAAUCAACAAGAUGGAGUAUCUGUUUUAAUUUCAAUAAUAAUCGGUAGAAAUAAUUGUGGAAAAUACAACAUUUCAGUUUCAGACGGACAAGGCAAGAAUUAA